CGUCUAUAAAACAAGUCCCUUCCUUCAACUUCCUCCACCAUCUCUUCUUUUACAAGUAUGCCCUUCACCUUCCAGUCUCUCUCAUUUUCCUCCUAAUAUUUCCCUUCUUCCAUAAAAGUUGCAUUUCUUUCCUCCGUUCUCGAAUCUAAAUCCGCCAUGGAAGUUGCCGUUCUUCAUCCUCGUGAUUGUUUAACCGAUCCUUUCUCCACCAGAAACAUCCUUACCCCUCCUACACAACGUCCUAACAAACCGACACCCAAUCGCCGUCGUCGAAGUCCGCCACGUCACCAACCGGAGACCUCUCCUCCUCCACCAAAGGGAUCGAAAAAGAAGAAUCUCAACCACAACAGCCAUGUUAAAAUUUUGAAGCGCGGCGAAGAGAAGGUACCAGAUCUGACGGUUGAGAAGCCAGAUCUGAGAUCUAACGGUCAGAUCAGAUCAGAUCCGGUGAUGAUCCCGUCUCAGAACCGGAGAUCGACCCCAGCUUUGUUUUACGCUGGUCCCGUCACAUCGACAUCUCCGCCGCCGAGCGAAGUUCCCUUACCCGCGUUCUUCGCGAAGAGAAGCGUCUCCGGGUUCAAAUCCGCCGAUGCAACCACCGAUCUGAUCAGAAUUUUGGGCUUAGAUAUUUGAUUCGAGUAAUGUCGGAUCUUCGGUCUAGGAGAAAAAUAUCUUCAGAUGAUGAAUCUAGGAGGUGCAGAAGAAGACAUCUUCGUUAUGAAACGUUAAUUCGAAACUUUCUCUUAUUUUUUCAAGGGGGAAGAUCGAAAAUAAUUUUUUAACAGGUCUUUAGGUUCGGUUCUAUGUCUCUCGUUAGUUUGUGUAUUGUGUAGCUUUCCGUCUUCGAAUAAUUAUUAUCUGAUUAGUGUCGUUUAAUUUAUGUUUAAAGUAGAGAUGUCUUGUUCUUACGGUUAAAUGGUAUCCAUGUAAUAAUCUUCCAGUCCCGAGUAUUUCUUCUUUUGUAAUUUUCUAAUCUUAUUAUUGAAGUAGCUCUUUUUAUAAAAGAAUCGCAAUGAGAUGUUUGGGAAGAUGUUGAAUAUGAUGAUUGUGAAGAUCUUUGCAGUUUGUUUUGAGACAAAGUGAUCGAAUUGUCGUAGAAACUCUAACAAGCUAUGUAAUGAAAUCUUUGUGACUUCAUCAGAUAAGUUCAGUUGGGGCUCCUAAACUUGUUCGAUCCGACAAAUUCAGGAUCCGGAUGCGUUUUCUAGCCGUUUUUUUUACCUAUUACAGGAAUUCUAAAUUGACUGUUUUUUAAUACAUCAAAAAUGGAGCUCCUAAUCUUGUUUAAUCAGAA